AUGACUAAUCACACAGAGAUAUUAUCAUUUGUGUCCAAGCAUGAAUUGAGCAGAGUUAUUCAAGCAUUGAAAAUCGCAGACUGUGUCGCUCUGCAAAUUGACAAAUCUGUUGAUAAAUACAAUGCUGACAGUCUGUUUGUUACUUCCCGAUACAUGGACAACACUAAUUUUGAGAUGAAAGCUAGUUUUCUUGGCAAAUGCCACAGUGAGUUAAGAGGAGUAAUUGGGAUGGUCGAUGCUUUGCAGAAACGUUUCCAGUAUCUUAAAAUUGAAGAUGUCAUUAAAGCAAAGAUGUGCAUAGCUCACAAAUCUGACCUGGCUUUUGAAAGCGUUGAAAACGUGGUUCCGGAGUUUCGUCAUUGGUUAACAGAUGUAAAAAAUGUCGCUACUUAUUUUCGUGGAUCAAGCUACCGACAAGAAAACCUGCAUGAAAUUGCUGCAAGUUUGGGUGAGACUGCUAAACAUUUUCCACGGCAUCAUGAAGUUCGUUUUGCGGAACACCUUGCCAAUGUUGUACUUGCAGUUCUGUCUAAUCAUCAGAUGAUGUGCGCUCACUGGAAACAGUUGUACAACAAGAUGAAAAUAAUGAAAAACAAAGCAAGAGGUUUUCUGAAGGAUUGGUCCCAAACUUCAUUCAACUUAAACAUGAGUGCUGUUGCUUUGGAUAUCUUGCGACAGUUCACUUAUUUACAAAAGGAAGCUCAACGCACGUUUAUUACCUUGGCUGAUUUGAUGCAAAAACGCGACCACGUACUUCAGCGUCUUUCCAUGAUAAUAAACAGUUCAUAUCCUGGGGGAUAUGAAAGAAAGUUACAAAUUAAUAGUGGACUUGCAUCUACACAGUCACUGCAAACUGAAGCAAAUGAUAAUCAAUUUCAGAGAAAUGUGACAAACUUGUAUGUUACAACACGCAAUAGAAAUUUUGAAGCAGUGCGUCUUGAGGUAAUCACAUGUGCAAAAAACUUCCUUGAGAAAAGGUUGGAUGUCGAUCAGGAUUUACAAGUAAAGGCAAUGAUUGAUGUUGCCAAUGCUGAAAAUGCUGAAGCAAUGAUCAAAGCCGGUCGGCAAAUUGUAUCAGAUAUUUUUGGUGAUAAUUAUGUUUCAGAAUUUGUAGAUGAUGCUGUUGGUUACUAUUCAUCAUUUGGUGCUUCAUCUUUUAAGCCGCAUGAAAGCAAUACUGCCAAGUUGUACUUAUUGCUACAAAAAACAACAUCGUCGUCCCUUUUAAACAAGCUGGUUCAAACAUUUCUUAUAACUUGCCCUCACAGCAUGAUCACGGAACUGGUAAUUUCAUGGCAUACAGAAUUAAAAAGCGACCUUCGAUCAUCUAUGUCGAGAAAUACUGUGAAUGACCGAUUAUGCAUUGCUUUAAAUGCUAUAGGUACCGCAAAUUUUGAUCCUCGGCCAGUGGUGGCUGAUUUUCUUUCUUCAAAAACGAGACGAUCGACUCUACCAGAUGAUGAACUUUACCAAAACAGGGAAUUUGUAAAAAAGUUUUUUAACACUGAAAAUAACUUGUGA